AUGUCUGACGUUACUGCUGAUGGAUUUAACUCUUCCCCAUUCCUUAAGGAAUUGUACGACGGUUUGCAGGACCCUGAGCUCAAGAAGAAGGCUAUUGGCGGUGUCAAGGCUGUCAUUGUCAUCACCUUGAAGAACAAGGAGGGCAAGGACCAGUCCUGGGUUUUGGACCUCAAAAAGGAGGGUACCAUUGCCAAGGCUGACUCUGCUCCAAAGUCUGACGUCCAGUUGUUGUUGAAGGACGCUGACUUCGUUAAGUUGGCCGGUGGUAAGGCUAACGGCCAGAAGCUUUUCAUGAACGGUAAGUUGAAGGUCAAGGGUAACAUGAUGAAGGCUACCGCCAUUGAGUCCGUCUUCAAGCAGAUUGACCCAAGACCAAAGUCCAAGUUGUAA